ACUAUAUAACAAAUAAUUUGAGAUAAUCAAAAUGAAAUUCUUCCUCCUCGCUAUCCUCAUGGGCCUGAUGGUUGUUGGGAUCCGCUCUCAGGCUGAAGGUGACGCUGUUGAAGGUGACGCUGUUGAAGGUGACGCUGCUGAAGGUGACGCUGCUGAAGGUGACGCUGCUGAAGGUGACGCUGCUGAAGGUGACGCUGCUGAAGGUGACGCUGCUGAAGGUGACGCUGCUGAAGGUGAUGAUGCUGCUGAAGGUGAUGAUGCUGCUGAAGGUGAAGAUGACAGUAGUGCACUUAGCAUGUCCAUCGCCGCAGUUCCUCUUCUCAUGGCCGUCCUUCGUUUAUAAGAAUCUCAACUCGAUCGAAAUCACGGAAAACAUGCGACUCUGACUGAGCAAAGAAUCUUUAAAACCUUGGAGUUAUUUUUUCAAGAAGGAACUCCUUUAUAUUUUAAUGAGGCUUAUUGUAACAUCAUUUCGAAUGCCGUGAUUGAAAUAAGAAACUGAAUUAAACGAAACGUUUUCUUUAUUUUUAGAAUUUUGAAUCAUUGUCAGUUAUGUAAUAAACCGUUAGCAUAGAAAGUUUAUCUUAUAUUUUGUUUUUAGAUUUACACUUUCUUAUAAAAA